CUUCGGAAUGAAUCAGAUGUCCCCGGAGACGCGGGCUCUGGGAGGGAUGAUGCAGAUAGAUGCUCAACGCUGGUGGCAAAGGGUUUGAGGUGCGUGUGUAUACAGACCGAGGGGGGACUGCAGAGCAAUGGGCAGCAUUUGGCCAGAGUGAAAGACAGGAUGAACCACCGCAGCUGGCCAAUCACCCGACCCGAUGCUCCCGCCGCCGCCGUGCAUCAGCACAACAGGCAAAGCCAUCGAAGCACCUCGAAUUUCUAUUGCGCUACACGCUCAACGAACCAUCCACAGUGCACCCUUCUACAGCACAUACUUCCACUGCCUGCAUCUCGCCUACCUUCUGCUUGCCCGUCUUUGUUUGCCUCAAAAAGCAUUCAUCCUCCUUGCCGCUCACACCUCCCACAUCCAGCCCAGCUAGCACGGUAGCUACCUGUACGGACGCACAACCAACUCAUUGGCAUUGGCCCCGCUUCCCAUGGCCGACCGAAACACACUCCAUGGUUCCUGCGCCUGCGGGAGAAACAGGUAUACUGUAGAUAUCCCCGCGGAGCAGACCGAGUUGGCAGAGUUGAAGUACGAUAAUUCGAAUGCUUCCCGUCAUCAUUCCGCCAGCCCACACGUCCUCUGGCUCCGCGUCCCACUCACCUGGUACACCUCCGCGACCUUCGCCCAGCUCCCCGACGAGCGCCAUGCUAGCAUCCUCCGCACUUUCACCUCCUCCCUUUCGGAACCCAAUACCCGCCGCCAAUUCUGCGGUUACUGCGGUACCCAAUUGACCUCGUGGCAUGAGCAAACCGCCAACGACGCCGAACACAUUUGCCUCACCGUUGGCAGCCUAUUAGACGAGGAUCAGGCUCUGCUCGGCCACUUAGGAUAUCUCCCGGGCACAGACAGCAGCGAUGAGGACACAGAACAUGCAGCUGCCGUGAGCGCUGCGCGGCAGUCUCGCGAGGUGGCCCGCAACGAGCCGCUUAGCAGAGGCGCGCCGUGGUUUGAAGAGUUGGUGGAAGAUACAGGGUUCGGGAGGCUGAAGCAGCGGCGUGGCGGGCACCAAUCGCGAGAUGGACAUGUUAGGGUCGAGUGGGAAGUUGCGGAGUGGACUGAAGGCGAUGACGGUCAAUUGGAAGGAAGUGCCACGCCAAGUAAGCGCAAGAUUGGGGAGUUGGAGAGUGGGGAGGAUGCGGAGAUGAGGAACGUCUAGGUCUUU